UGAAACAUAGACUAGAAUUAACCACCAUAUUUGAAACCUUCCACAAAAAUAAACAGCUAAUACCAAUGUUAUAAUAAGUGGUAACUACGCAACGAAAUGGUAAGUAGAAAAACCAAGAAAAAAUAAAAAUUGAUGACGUUGCGUUGUUAAGGAAGCUAGAAUUCCACCAAAAAGGUAAGGUUCAAACAACAAUACCAUAUUGUACUUGUAUAGCCAACAAAAAUAAUGUUAAACAUGCUGAUACUUGCACCACUACCUACCCCGAUUAGACCUAACAGAGCUAGUAGUCCCAAACGACCGUAUGAUAUAAAAUAAAGCACCACCAACAAAGGCAAAGUGGAGAGAGACCUAGGAGAGGUUUAGACAAGGGCAAUAAAGAGAAAAACACUCAAUUCCAGAAGACAGACCAAGAGUUGCUUGCUUGCUAGCUAUAGCAGCAAAAAAAGAGAGUGAGUUUUGCAAAACCGGCCAUAACUGACGCCAUUAAAAUACCACAACAACUCUGAAACGUCAGUACAGGCUUGACAUUUGAGUGUUUUGCUUUGGUUUGUGUUAAGAAAGAUAAGCAAAACACAAGUAAGAAAAAUAAAUUAAAAACAAAAUCGGUAAAAAGUUUGUAAAAGUUGUGUGGUGUUUUGGUUAAAAAAAACCUGUCAAAUUUUAACAAAAAAAGUUCAAAUUACAAAAAAAUAUGUGGCAGAAACUGUUCUUACAAAGUUUGCUGCUAAGUGCUGCCUUAAGCUCUGUCAUGGCCAUCAAUUGUUACGUAUGCGAUGCCUCUGAUACCAAUAAUCCAUUUCAGUGUGGCGAAUGGUUUGAACGUUUCGAUGACCCCGACUUACAGCCACAGAACUGUUCGAAUGUUCACGAUGCCAAGUUCUGUAUUAAACAUGUGGGACGUUUUGAAGGUGGCAUUGGAGCGAAGAGAUUCUGUUCAUCCAAAGAUUUAGGCAACUAUUGUGAUUAUGUGCGUAAUAAAGGUGAUCGUAUGGAUUAUAGAUCUUGUAUUUAUACUUGCAACACGGAUGGUUGUAAUGGUGCAUCUAGUUUACAUCUUACACAACUACUUCUGCCAUCAGUAGUAGGUGUGGUUGCGGUCUUAGCCGUAAUGAGGUUGAAAAUUUUGUGGUGAGAUAGAAGCAGUGUUGUUAAAGAGUGUAUUCGUUGAAAUGUUAGAUUUUUUUUAAAGUAAAAUAAAGCUUUCUUCAUAAAUUUUCUUUUAAUCGA